GAGCACCUCAUGCAGUAGAGCUGAUUGAUGAAUAAAACUCUCGUCAGACAUGAGCGAACCAGCAAAGGCAUCAGAGCUCUUUCAAACUUAAAUUUUUUUUAAAUCGUUCUCAUAAAUCCUAAGGUGGAACUUCAAUAUUUCGUUUCAAGUGCUGAGCAUUAUCAACCAAGAACAAAACCUUUUACUUUGCCAAGUGGAACAGCUGCACAACUUGAGAAAGAAGAGUGCUGACAUUGAAUUUCACAAGUACUCUCUAAAAUCAAUUAUGGAUUAUUCAAGAACCUCGAUAUUCUUCGGAAGAUUGAGCAAGAAGACCAAAGUUCAAAGUUGAAACACCCGUUUUUUGCAAGUCAAAGAAAACGAAACCUAAAAGCGAAUCAAAAUAACUAAAGUUCUCAUCACAACAAAAAAGCUGAAAACAUCUUCAGGAAAAAUGAAAAAGGGUGAAAAAGACGUGGAAAUUUUGAGAGGAGAUGGUUUGGUCUUGUCGAUGGAGACCAACAAUAAAUUACUGAAAAUAAUGGGCGACGGUUGCAAAAUCACUCUUUCUAAAAACUUUGGAACGAUUCGAGUAAACGGUGAUGGAUGUCAGCUGAAAGUGGUUCAAAAUCUAGGGCUGAUUGAGUACAAAGGAGAUGGAGGUCGUGUCUAUUUAGGACCGGAUUCCUACAAUAAAGUCACUUUUUCUGGAUGUGGUGGCCAUCUAAAGUUUCUGGAUGAAAAAAGAAAAUCUGGAGGAAAGUCUGGAAACAUAACAGCAGACAGUAAAGCAAAAGACGAUCUUCCAACGAAUUUCAGUGGAAACCAGAAGCAGAAGAAGUUUUGUGAAUUUAAGAGUGAAAAUCGCGAAAAUGAACGAAGGGAAAGAAGAAAAGUGGACCAAAAAUAUGAAAGGGGGCCCACUGUGAUUGGGACAAAAAUUGUGGGUUCAAAUGGUGAAUAUAAAACUAAUGUGAGAACUUUUUUUAAGAAUGUGAGUCCUACUAGGAGUUAAUCAUUUAGAGUAUUUAGACUUUCGUUAAUUAUUACAUUUUUUAAGAAAAAGACUCUUCUAAAAGAUAAAAAUAUUAGUAUAGUUUUUGCAUUCUCUUAUAAAGUUGAUGUCAAGGGUGGCGUAGUAUCAAAUGAGCACAACAUCGAUCAAACAGACUUUGACAUGUAGUUGUAACUAGUAAUGUGGCUUUGUCAAUCAAUUUAAGUUUCAGGAAUAAGAUGUCUUUUUUACAUAUUUUAUAUUCUAUUUAAUGUGAAAGAGAAGUGCAUAAACUUUGAAAUUAAUUGUACUUGAUAUGUUUCAAAUUUUGAUGCUGAUAAAUUAAAAAUUUUAAACAAAUUAUGAAGAGGAAAAUAUAAAACAAAACAUUUCUUCUUUAAACAUGUUUUAUGCUGAAUUUUCAUUAGAACAAAAACAAUUAAAUGCUUGAAAUUUCUAUAUUAAAUAUAUAAUAGUAAACAAUAUAGAGUUAAAAAUGUUCAAAAUGAAACUAUUGUUAUCAUUAUAUACUAUUAAGGCGCUCUUGGAAAAAUAAGAAGCAGUAAUCCUUUAAAGUUUGAAAA